AUGGAAGAAUAUAUUGCAGAGGUCGCCGAGGGAAGUGAAACGACGGAAGAGGAAUACGUCGAGGAAGAACUCAACGUGGAGGAUGGAUUGCCUACUGUCAUGGAAGUGGAUACUGAAAGGAGUGAAGCGGCAUCCGAGGCACCAUUAUCACCAGUAACACCAAAGUCACAAUCGGCAAAAGCAUCAUCGCUUGGUGCCACCGAAGCACCUGCUGAAUCUCUUAUUGGUAGAGAACGGGUCGACGACGACUUCCUCAAACAGCGGGGGAAGUUGGCGAUGAUGCCACUGAUGAACCAAUAUUUGAGUAGUAGGAAUAGAUUGAUUCUAUGCAAGAACUGA